UAGUGGACGUGUGCAGCAGGAAGACCCUUCAACGGGUGGUUUCGUUGUAGCUAACCGCGGACAUAAUAUUUCCCCGUGUUUUGGCGAUAAAAUGUCUUACAAAUUCAGCGGCCUCACUCAGAAGCUGACGGGGUCGUCUCCCAUGGCCGCCUACAGUCCGCAGGGACUGAAGCCUGGUCUGCCAGCAGAGGCCCCAACCAUGAUCUUUACCACUCCCACUAAGUUGUUGUCGGAGGCUGGGUCCACUGUAGAGUACAUGAGACCAAAUCGGGUUCCUGAGUUACAGAAAGUAUUCCAGGUGUCAGAUGGUGUUCCCAUUCAUUUGAAGCGGGGACUUCCCGACAGGUUACUGUACCGCACCACCAUGGCUCUCACUGUGGGAGGCACUCUAUACUGUUUGGUGGCUUUUUACUUGGCAGCCCAUCCAAGGAAGAACUAAUAUGACUGCCAGAUCGACAUGUCUUUUCUGCGUCAAUCAUCAUUCAUUGUCUCCUUCUGACCUGCCGUGCAGUCUCAUGGGACUCUAUGAAGAGAAUUAAUCACUUUUAAAACACCAGUGAUGACGAUAAGGAUUUCUGUCUUUGUAAAAAAAAUAAAAAUGUCUGUUAUUAAAUUUUAAGGGGAAACAAAAGUCAAAACAUGUGAAUUCAGUCUUUUUCCGUUUUGUUUGUCUGUGUCAUUGAAGAGCAGUCUACUCAGUAGGGAUGCUAUUAUUGCCAGUCGACGCAUGCAUGGACACCAUGUGUGAAACUCUAUAGGGUUGGGAGCUGCCUCAUUUCCCACAGCACUUACGGCUACCAAAAUAGAAGCGAACAUGUGAUUGUUGUUUUCUUUUUAUUUUGAAAUGGUUGCAGCGCUCAAAGGGCUUGCUGUAUUGCUGCACUAAACGUGUGUGCGAGAGAGAGAGAGAGAGCAAGCGAGCAAGCAUGAUGGAGACACCCCGUCUGGAACAUAGCUGCUGCUCACUUGGCUUGAAUACUGUCUCAUACACGAUCUAUUUGUGUGGGCCCUGGUGUGAUGUCAGAUGCUUUUGUCAAGUUCAGAGGGAGGGAGGCCACCUCAGACGGACAUGUUGGCUCGGAGCACCUUUUCUUCUGAGCGGUGAAAAUGGACAACAAAAUGCAAGCGAAUAAUGAAAAUAACAGAAUAACAUGUUAUAACAAGUAGAAGAGGUGUGAAAGAAGUCCAUUAUGGGACACUUUAGCCUCGUUAGCAGUAUAGGUGUGUUAUAUUAUUACAAGACACUUCCAAUACAACUUUGACAUGUCAUACACAGCUCCAGAAUCCUGGCCUGAGAAUUAGACUUUUAUGUGUACCUGAAGCAAGGGCCUAAAUUCACAGCAGCCAACUAAAAUCACCUGUACUAUCAGCCACGAGAUACAUUCAAACAAUGAGCUGAACACGUUAUAGUCGUUAACAAACCACAAAUUGAGCCUGUUUCCCCUUCAAUGGCUUGUCAACCAUGUCAUUGGCUGUUACCAUGGAAACAGGGUUAAGGAACCUUGGUGGCAAACCAUUGUGCUGUAAUGGUCAGUCUACAUGUAAGACUAAGACUAUGGAUGUAAUGGGUUUUCAUCCAUUCCCGGCCUAUUUUUUUUUUUAAACUCGUGUCACAGGUCGUCUGUGUCUUAAACUCAGCUUUAACAAAAGAGUGAUGUUUGAGACAGUAGGCCUUGAUACAUCGUUUCAUGAGCACAUAAAUAGUCUGAACUGAAAAAGUCAGUGUUGGCUUUGAGAAGUACUAUUUUCAAUUUAAUAAAAAUGACAUUUCAAAUUUG